UCCUUCGCCCCCCAUGCAUUCUCUCAGCCUCCCCACAGCUCGUACAUGUACACCACACUCAAGAGAGCUGGGAUAAUGGAUGCCAACAGUAAUACCGGAGACAAGAGAUCGAAGAAAGAUCGUGCCCUUGAGAAGGUUAAAGGAUGGACAUCGAGCAGUAAAAACAAAGAUAGAACUGAGGAUCUGAAGCAACCAUCUCUUGGCUCAGCCUCGCCUGUUACUGUUGGUUCUGGAGUCUUAACACGUCAAGAUAACGCCUCCCCACAGACAAUAUCCCCAUUGCAUGUAGCAUCCCAGCCGCCGACUGCAAAAGGAUCUCAGACGAUGCUCAGUAGAGAAGUAGACACCGAUGGAAUAUUAUUGCGCAAACUAGCCAUGGGAAAACUCAAGAAAAAACAUCAAGAUCAGCUCCAACUCCUCGAUCGCUCUGCCGAGAUCACAAUAGUCUUGAAUGAGGCAAUCAUGGUAACGGAAAUGAAGCGAUACGAAUACACAAAAACCAGAUCAGCUAUCCGCAGCAACGAUAAAAUCAUCAAGCUUGGUAAAAAGGCAGAGUCCAUACUAGUGUGGUUGGACAAGGUCAGGACUGUGGGAGAUGUAGCUGCUAAUGCCGAUCCAAUACAUAUCGGUCUACCGUGGGCCGGUAUACGGCUUCUACUCAUUGGAUUUGUCGCAGCGAGGCAAGAGUCCACGGCGUUUUUGGUCGGCGUCGAAGCAGUAUCCUACAUCUCCAAUCGACUAAAAGUCUAUGUUGACUACUUUCAUUCACUCGGCGGAAACAGCGAUGCAGAGUUGAGACUCCAAGCAAGCCUUGCUGAGAUGUACAGCACACUUUUCAAGUUCAUUGCAAAAGCUUUAAUUCGUUAUGAAAGAAGCAAAACGGAAAAUGCUUGGAAGGCCUUUUGGUCGGAAAACAAUGUGCAAGUGUUCGAGCGUGAGUGCGAAAGAAACUCCGAGGACGUCGAACGCGAUGCGGCGCAGUGUGCAAGAGAGAAGGGAGCCCACGAGCAUGAUUCGCUGAAGAAGCAACUAAAAGAAUUCUCCGAGAUUAGGAAAAGCAUGGAACGGCUCGAAGUCAAGGUAGACAAGAUUUGGGAGAAUUUAGAGGAAGAUCGCGAAGCCGCGAUACUGGGGUGGAUAUCGCCGAUCCAUCAUGAGGACCUUCACUACAAUGCACAUCACGGUAUCACUGAGGGGACUGGCGAUUGGAUUAUUCAACAUCCCACUUUCUUGGACUGGGAUAGGGGCAUCGGCCCCAAAAUUAUGUAUCUAGCUGGGAAUGUGGGGACCGGCAAAACGAAGCUCACUGCACAUAGCAUCCAGAUCUUCAAGGACUUACUUGCUAGCGAUUUCUACUUGCGCAGCCAUAACUCAGUGGCAUACUUUUACUUCAAAAAGGAUGAUCCACAGAGAGGAAAUCCUUUAAAUGCUUUUAGCAGCUUGUUGAAGCAGCUAGCUGUAUCCAGCGGGCAGAUACACAAGAUAGUCGCGGAAGAAUAUGCCAAAAGACGCGAGACUGGCCAUUUGACACUCCCAGAAGUCCACGAAUUUCUGUGUACUGCAGUUCAAAGCUACGAUAAUACCUAUCUCAUCAUCGAUGCUUUCGACGAAUGCGAAGAGAAAGAGCAAUAUCGGUUGAUUCAGGGUCUAAAAGAUAUUGUUACGGCUUGUCCCCAGUGCAAAGUUUUCAUCUCUAGUCGACCUUAUGAGAAGAUAAAAUCUUUGUUGGAAGGUUGCGCACAUCUCGAUAUAAACUCCAGCAAUAACAAGGACGACAUCUAUAUGUUCAUCACAGAUGAGCUAGCAAAGUGUCAGGUUAAGCGAGAGAAAGAGGGACUUCCACUCAUUUCACCUGAAACGGGGUUACACAUCAUCGAUAUGCUCAUGACACUGUCAGAUGGAAUGUUCCAAUGGGUUCGGCUCCAUCUCGAUCGACUACUGGAGUUGGAAACCGACUCGGACAUCCGAGAGGAGCUUAAAACCCUACCAGCAGGCCUGGAGAAGACUUACGACCAAAUCUGGGCACGCAUGCAAGCAAUGCCCGGAAAGAGUUUUGAAAGAGCGAAGCGGGCACUUCAGUGGGCUCUAUGCGCUCGGCAUCCUCAAAGAGAAGACAGACUGUUAGCUGCGAUAUGCCGUGACAAGACUGUGUCCCCUGGGACUACUAAUCUCCAGCUCAAGAGUAUUUUUCGCUCAUGCCCAGGACUUCUGGAUACCGACGAUGAACAAAAUGUUAUUUUCACCCAUCUUUCGGUUAGGGAAUAUUUCGCAACGUUCCAUAAAGAUCUUGUGGAUGACGGGGCAAUGGUGACGGCAUCCUUCUGUCUCCGCUUACUCUUACACGAAAGCACGUGGACCAUGUCUGAAAACCCCACAGACUUCUCAGAAAAUGUGGAUGAUGUCAUUGAUCUGGUCAAGUAUGCCAGGGAAUACUGGGCAUACCAUUGCCAGAUUGCAGAUGAUAUUGGGGUAAAUUCUUCUGGCUGCAUGAAGCUAGUCGAAGAAUUCCGGGAAUUGCAAUCACAGUUCCUCGGGCCUGAAAUGUGCUCUACGCCAAGUCAGGCAUACUUUGUCUGGGCAAAAAACUAUUGUUGGCCGUAUCCCAUCGAGAUCAUAAAGGAGCAGCCUGGCACAGACUCUGAUUCAUUUGUCAACCUCGGGCAGCAGCUACGACCAGACUCUGGCUUCGAGUGGCACAAUGACACGCAGCGGCAUUACGCAGUUGCCAUUGCUGCUUUGUUCUUGCAGCUUGAAACCCCGGUCGCACUGCAAUAUGACAAUCUGAAGAAGAAACUUCGCUUCCGGAAAAAUGAAAGCACCCCCAAGGCUUACUGGAAUAUGCUGCAUCUUUGUCUUACAGAUGACCUGCAGAAUUCCGCAUCCAAUCAUGAAGAAACUGAGGGGGCUACCCCCAGCCAUAAAAAUCAAUAUCACCAAGCCUUGGCGUCGUUGGGCAUAGUUUCCACGGAAAUAUUGAUUGGUCGCUCAAUUGAUAUAGAGAGAGAUCAACGCAUAGCUUCCAUCACCCCAGAACUUGAAUCCGAGAUGGCGGGAAUUCCGCAAGAAGAGUAUGUUGAGGCCAUUCGGUGGUGUCUUCAAGGCUUUGAAACCAGGGAAAAUAACACCUGGAGACGUGAUCUGUUUUUGAAAGUCUACCUGCCAUUCUGGUAUGCGUGA